AUGCCUCCCUCUCCAUCGCGGCUGCUGUUGGCGGCCGCUGUCGCUGCCACCUCGACAAGUGCCGCCUUCCAGGGAUUCAACUAUGCUUCGUCGUUCAAUGACGGCAAGGCCAAGUCCCAGUCGGAUUUUGAGUCCGAGUUCAAGACGGCGGCGGGACUCCAAGGCACCAACGGCAGCUUUAACAGCGCCCGCCUCUACACCAUGGUGCAAGGGAGCACUGCCAAUGAGCCGAUCUCGGCCAUCCCUGCCGCCAUCAGUACAAAAACGAGCCUUUUGCUCGGUAUCUGGGCCUCGGCCGGCGAGUCCGUUUUCCUAAACGAACUGGCGGCGGUGGAGAAGACGAUUAAGCAGUACUGCGGCGCUCUGGACGGCCUGGUGGCCGGCAUCUCCGUCGGAAGCGAAGAUCUCUACCGCAUCUCGCCCAUCGGCAUGGAGAAUAGCCCGGAUCCCGGUGCCAGUCCCGACACUCUCGUGAGCUACAUCGAGCAGGUCCGGAAAACGGUCAAGGGGACCUGCCUGGAUGUCCCCAUCGGACACGUCGAUACCUGGACCGCCUAUGUCAACGGGUCGAACAAGGCCGUCAUCGACGCCGCCGACUGGCUGGGCAUGGACGCCUACCCAUACUACGAGGUGACGAAGCCGAACGGGAUCGAAAAUGCCAAGAGCCUCUUUCAGGCCGCUCUCGACCGCACCAAGGAUGCUGCUGGCGGGAAGCCGGUCUGGGUCACCGAGACAGGCUGGCCAUUGAGCGGAGAAACGGCCGGUGAGGCAGUGCCAUCGAUCGAGAACGCCAAGACCUUCUGGGACGACGUUGGCUGCCCCAUGUUCGGCGAGACCAACGUCUGGUGGUUCACGCUCCAGGAAGGGUCCCCGCCGAGCCCCAAAGCGGCGUUCGGCGUCAUCGGCUCCCAGCUCACGACGGUACCCUUGUUCGAUCUGUCUUGCGACAAGGUCAAGACCGAGACGUCGUCCUCGAGCACGACGGCAACCUCGUCAAGCACGACCGGAUCCUCGUCCCAGACCGAGACAGCGAAUGUCACCGCUACAACCCAUGGUUCGCUAUCGGACACGAAGUCGGCCAGUGCAUCGUCCGUCACGUACACUGACGGCAGCGGUAGCUCGUCUCCGGUUUCCACUUCAUCUGCGACGGCAGCUUCGACCAGUGCCCUGCCGACUGGCGUCACGGCCAUAAAGGGCGACAGUACCGCGUCGUCGGCUGCCUUGCAGUCUCUCUCCACCUCCAUUGGGAACCGUGGUUCCAGCGGGGUCUCCGUCGCCAGAGCAAGCACAAGCACCAGCCAGUCGACAAGCAUCGCUGCCGCCACAGACAACCAGCCAACGUCGGCGCCGAGUCUCGAGGGCGCCGCAGGCCGGUUGAAUCCGGUCGGUACGGCUGUCGUUGCCCUAGCGCUUGUCCUAGCUGUUGCCAUUGUCUGA